CAAAAUUGGAAAAACCGAAAAAGUUCAAAAUGAAAAUGCGACCAAGAGAGUACAGCAUAAGACAAGACAACAACAAUAAUAACCCAAAACAAGAAGCAACAAGAACCACCUUGUCCCGGUCCCCCCAAUUCAGUCAAAGCAAGAAGAGGAUCCAGUUGUCCCCCGCGUCUGAUAGAGGGGAUGCGGAAUUGGUGAUGGAGAAAGCAGAGCAAGAGUUAGAGAGGAGAAGCAAGUUCUUGAACACCCUGAUACUGAGGAAGAAGGCCGUGGAGGAGCAGAAGAACCAGCCGCCGCCGCCGCCGCAGAAUGAGCUCCGUAAUCUCCGCGUGAGGGCCUCCGACAUGCCCUUAGCCCUUCAGAACAGAGCUUUUAGGUGCGCUAAGAACUGCCUUGAUUCCAUGCCCUCUCCCAAGCUUGACAGCAAACGCCUCGCCCUUGCUCUCAAGAAGAUAUACGUAGUAUGUGGCAGACUGGCAGUGUUAUCUUUUGGGAAAUCAUUAACAAUCUACGCUCCAUCAGGAAUUCGACUCAGCUUACGGUCCAGCUUGGCAUUGCAUUGUGGGAACAAGCUUUGGGUCAUAUGUGACGCACUCAAUGGGAGGCUUUUUGUACUUCUCCAUUGACAAGGUUUAUGUUCUUCUUUUUAAAACUGCUGUAAAGCCUUUGAACAAAUAAAUGAUCACUGUGUUCUGAUGAUUCCCAUUACAUCUCCUGUUAUUUUGGACCGUUUUCUGGGGAGCAAACUCCUGCUAAGUUAGUCCUGAUCUUGAAAAGUUACAAUAACGUAGAAAUGAACUGUGGAAACUAAUGACUGCACUGAGUUCUUAGAUUUUGUUCAUAUAUAUAUAUAUAUAUUGUAGCUAGUGUGUUGCAUUGCCACAUACUGUUUGUCACAUUUUUUCGUUUUAGCUUUUCC